AUGAUUCGAUUGUUAUAUCUCCUCGCUGUUGUUUACGUCACCGCUGCUUGUCGCCAUAUUUGUGGCCAUCAUGAACACGGCGGGCAUACACGUCACAACCACAAUAGACUCUUCGAAGAAAUUAGCAAUAAAGUCAUUGCGGCUGACAAAAAGUUGCAAAACUUCUGCGUAGCAAACUCUAACGGAGCCACCAAAGAGAUCAUCGAUUCCCAAACUUAUCAGCUCAGAACUCCACUAGCCAAUUACCAAGAGAAUGAAGUAGAAGUGAAGAUUAGGCACAGAGUGCUUUACAUCGAUGCGGAUAAACCACCGUUACAACGUUACUCGGAGAUUCGUCUGCUACCAAAUUUCGUGGACACGAAACAAGCUAAUUUCCAAUUGGUGGAUGGUAUUUUGAUUAUCAACUUCAAUAUUAAAACUCAAGCAACUGAAAAUUGCUCUGACAACGUAGACAGUGACGUCAUAACGGUUCCUAAACUCGAAGACGAAACUUUUACCCUUGGCGGUAACGAAAGAAUGGGCAGUAAUUAUAAACGGUAA